AGAUCUGGGUAAACAAAAGACGGCGUAAAAUCGAUUGAAAACGCUUUUGAAACACAGUUUUCUGUAAAUUUCUUUCAAAAUUUCCAAUUUUUGUGCAUAAAGGUGAAAAAUAGUAUCAUUUUUUCCAUAAGUGACCAUGGCCGACGAAGAGUACGAGCGGUUCGAGAUCACCGAUUUCGACCUGGACAACGAAUUCAAUCCGCAGCGUCGCAACCGACGUCCGACCAAGCACCAGCAAAUCUACGGCAUCUGGGCCGAUGAGGAUUCGGAAAAUGAGGACGGAGGCGAAGGCUCGUCGACAAGGCGUGGUCGUGGUCGUGGCGCCGGUGGUAAGAAACCGAAGGAUUAUACGGCUCCGAUUGGGUUUGUGGCGGGAGGAAUCCAACAGGCCGGGAAGAAAAAGGUUGAGGAGAAGAAGGAAAGCGACGGUGAGGGAGAGGAUGAGGAGGACGAUCGGCCCCGGUUUGGUGGGGCGCCGAGUGGAACCAGCUCGGAAUCGGAGUCGGAGGUGGUGGCGAGGGCAAACGAUUUCCGAUCGAUGGCCGGAUUUAGGAAGUAUCCGGCGAGAAGUGGUGCGCCUUCCGUGGGGAAAGGUGUUGGAGGAUGGGAACAGCACACGAAGGGAAUCGGAGCGAAGCUGCUUCUGCAGAUGGGUUACCAGCCAGGGAAGGGGUUGGGAAAAGAUUUGCAAGGUAUUGCCGCUCCGAUCGAGGCUCAUUUGAGGAAGGGGCGUGGGGCGAUUGGAGCGUACGGGCCGGAGAAGAAGACGGCUGUGAUGGAUCAAAAGCAGAAGAAGGAGAAGGAAGAACCCAAGGAGAUUAAGGAUAAGGAUAUGGAGCAGCAGUGGAGAAAGGACAAGCACAAGGGAAGGUACUUCUAUAAGAGUGUUGAGGAUGUCAUUGAGAAGGGCAAGAGGACGUACACUCCAUUUGAUAAAAACUCAAAAAUGAGCAACGUGAAAGUUAUUGAUAUGACCGGGCCUGAGAGUCGAGUUCUCAGUGGAUACCACGCAUUGGGACUGGCCAAAGUAGCAGGAGAGGAUUUGUAUGAAUCAACAGCGACGAAGGAAACGACCAACUUUGCCCUGCCGGAAUUGAUGCACAAUUUGAAUCUGAUCGUGGAGUAUUGCGAGCAGGAUAUCAUUGCCAUCGACAAGCAGAAGUGCGAGGCACAAGACCGAGAAGAGCAGCUGGAAAUUGAGAAGGAAAAUCUAAUCCGGAUUACCCAGCUGGAAGAAGACUACAUUCACACUUUGGAGGGAGCCCUGGACUUGGUGAAGGCCUUGGUCGAGCCGGAAAGUGGUUCAGUUUCGCUGGAAGAUUGUGAAAGGAUUUUCAUACGAAUGCAAGGCGACUUCCCCGCGGAAUACAAAGAAUUCGGAUUGGCUGAUCUGGCUCCAGGCGUUGUGGCACCUCUGAUAGCAGCCUAUCUCAAAGAGUGGAAUCCAUUCGUAGACCCAACCCGCCAUCUGGACCUGUUCAAACGCUGGCGUUCCAUUUUGGGAUCCUCUGAUACCGAGAAACGCAAUCUUCUAGAUCCAUAUUCUGGCCUCGUCUGGUCCGGUGUCAUUCCCAGCAUACGUUCCGCCGCCACAACCUGGGACCCCCGUCUUCAUCAACCGAUGAUCGCCCUUCUGGACGCUUGGGCCCCGCUGCUUCCCUCGUGGAUCUUAGACAACGUCCUAGAGCAGAUAGUCAUGAACAAACUAACCACAGCCGUCGCCGAAUGGGAUCCUCUCACGGACACAAUCCCUAUUCACGUAUGGAUCCAACCAUGGGCAGGAAUUCUCGGCUCAAAGAUGGAAUCCGGCAUCUAUCCGACGAUUCGAGAAAAGCUGAGCAAGGCACUGAAGGCGUGGAAUCCGGAAGAUCGAUCGGCCCGAGCCAUGAUUACGCCGUGGAAGGGUGUGAUGGCUGACGAAGACCUGCAGGUGUUCCUUACCAAGAACAUCAUUCCAAAGCUGGAGCUGCGACUGACGGAGCUGGUGAUCAACCCGCUGCAGCAGGACUUGGAAAUCUUCAACCAAGUGUGGGAAUGGAGCGAACUGAUCUCCACCAUUCAGAUGGCGUGCAUCCUGGACAAGUUCUUCUUCCCCAAGUGGAUCCAAACCCUAGUGCUAUGGCUCAACCAGUCGCCCAAUUUCGACCAGGUCACCCGCUGGUACCAGGGCUGGAAGUCGCAGUUCACCGAGGACAUCAUCCGUCAGCCCAACAUCAAGGAAAGCUUCCGCAAGGCGCUCGAACUGAUGCAGCGUUCCAUCGGCAUAACGACAGGUUCGUCGGCUUCAGCUUCAGCUUCCACCUCGACGGUGGAACCGAUGGACACGAUACCUCCGCCACCGAAGCCUCCCUCCCUGCUGGAUGUUCAUGUGGACGUAUCGCCGACGUUGGAGUUCAAAGAGCUGGUGUCGCAAAAAUGCGCCGAAAGGGGGAUCAUCUUUGCGCCGAUGCCCGGCAGACGGGAAAUGGGCAAACAGGUCUACCGAGUUGGGAAACUGUUCUGCUACAUCGACCGGUCGGUGUGCAUUGUCAGCUUGGACGGUGGAGUUAAUUGGACGCCGAUUUCGCUAUCGGCUCUGAUUGAAAGGGCCAUUAGUGGUUAGAAUAUGGUAAGUGAUUUGAAGAUGUUUUGAUUAUUGGUGAUUAUAACGUGU